CCAGCUCCAGUGAUGAGUCAGUGUUUUGUUGUUGCAUUUUGGCAGCAUAAAUAACAACAGUUUGCACAUCGAGGAAACAGUUACGAUAUUUGCAAUGAAAGGUGGCACAUUUCGCAACACGCAGUGGGAUCCCACGCUCUUGACGUCACAGAUUCUGUCAAUGCAAUUCUGCGUCUAUUUCUCCCUUGGUCUGCUAGUCUUCGUGGCCAAUAAGUUGGCUGGCGACAAUUAUACACUUGACCACAUUUUUGAGUACCAUGAAAUACAUAUAUACGAUCUGGGUGGUCGUUUGGUGAUCUGCGCCUUUGUCGUAAACGCUUUUGUAGCAUCGCUGGCCUUGUGGUGCAUUGUACGCCGUGCCAAGCUCUGCCUCGACUUUAGUUGCACGUUCCAUUUGCUGCACCUGCUCAUCUGCUGGUGGUACAAUCGCUCGUUUCCAGCAAAUGCCUCUUGGUGGCUGUUGAACGUUAUCACAGCGACCAUAAUGUGCAUUGGCGGUGAGUUCCUUUGCCUGCAAACCGAGAUGAAGGAGAUUCCGGUCGGGUAUGCGGCGCUUAACCAAAAAUCGGACGUUUGAGGGCUACCACGAAGCCUCACAAACAUUUGAAUGUGAUGCUAGCAAAGCCACCAAUUACUCUUAAACAUACGAAUGUGUAAUUUAUUUUUAAUAAUAUAUGUAUAGUUAAGCAUUCAAUUUAAUAGAAUAUAUAUCCGAUGUAACUAGUGCAAUAUCUGA